AUGGGUUCCGACAACUCUUCAUGGACUCCGCACACUGUGCUUUCUACUCUCCCCCACCCGCCGGAGGAGAACACGACUUCACCUAUUCCCUUCUUUCACCUGCUCGAGCGCCUCAAGACCACCAAGCGCGAAGGUUGGCGGCGCUUUGGGAUUGAUGGCGAGUCCAUCUCCGACCACAUGUAUCGGAUGUCGAUCAUGACGAUGUUUGCCCCGCAGGAGCUGGCAUCCAAGCUCAACAUUCCGCAUUGCACCAAGAUGGCUCUGGUCCACGACAUGGCUGAGUCGCUGGUCGGUGAUAUCACACCUGUGGAUAAGGAUGUCACCAAGUCUGAAAAGGCGCGCCGUGAGGCUGCCGUUAUGGACUACAUCACCGACGCCCUCUUGGGCAAGGUCCCCGGAGGUGCAGUGUCUGCCCAGGAGAUGAAGCGUGUGUUCCAAGAGUAUGAAGAUAAUGAGACACUGGAAGCUCAUUUCGUGCAUGACGUUGAUAAGAUGGAGCUCCUACUUCAGAUGGUGGAGUACGAGCGCUCUCACAAGGUCGACUUGUCCGAGUUCCAACAUGUCGCUAGCCGCAUCCAGUUGCCCGAAAUGAAAGCCUGGGCCGAGCAGAUCGUCAAAGAGCGCCCACAACGUGGGUGA